CCGCACAGAGACAGCAGGGACAGAAAGUGAGUUCUUUACGUGCCCGCUGAACGACUCUGCCCUUCUGUGCGGAACCAGGUGUGGUGAAUGACUGCAGUGAAGAAUGACAGAUGCACUUGUCAAGGUGAGAUCGAAAUUUGUGGACAAAGUGUCCAAAGAGCUCAUCAACCAGCUCCUGGACGACCUUUUAGAGGAUCGCAUCCUGAAUGAUGGCGAGAAAGACUCUAUCAUCGAGGACCACAGCAGCAGAGCAAACCGUGCACGCUGCCUCAUCGACACAGUGAAGAAGAAAGGAAACAUUCCCAGCCAGAAGAUGAUCGAUCACAUUCAAACCAGAGAUCCCACCCUUUACUGUGAACUGGGCCUGUCCUGUGGUAACCGUGGUAACCCUAACAUCCAUCCAAGUGGUAACCCUAACAUCCAUCCAACUGCAGAGACAAAGUCAGACACACUCGUCCCCAUCACUGAGGCAUUCUGGAGGGAGAAACAGAAUAACAGAGAGAUCUACCCCGUGACCAAAGCUAACAUGGGGAGUCGUGUGGCCCUGCUCAUCACUAAUAUCACUUUCCGUGUGGAGAAAUACAACAGAAAUGGUGCCAAGAAAGAUGAGGAGAACAUGGAGAGACUGCUCACUGAGCUAGGCUAUGAGGUGGUGAAACACACAGACCUCACUGCAAAGGCCAUAGAUCGAGCACUCAUCGACUUCUCGGCGCUGCCAAAGCUCAAAGCGACGGACAGCGUGGUGGUGGUGAUCAUGUCUCACGGGAAGCUGGGAAUCGUCCAUGGCGUUGAAUGGAAACUUGGGGAUGAAAAUCCAGACGAGUUUCCCAUCAACAACCUUUACAGACACUUGGGCUCAAAGGAAUGUCCAGCACUGCUGAACAAACCUAAAAUCAUCAUCAUCCAGGCCUGCAGAGGAGAACACAGUGGAUCCGUGUUCGUCAGCGAUGGUCCUUCAGUAUCUGACGGAGGAGACAUAAAGGAAGAUACUUUGCAAGUUGUCCAUAGAGAAAAAGACUUCAUCUCUCUUCUGUCCUGCACUCCUGAUACAGUCUCCUACAGACACACAGGCCAAGGCUCUUUUCUUAUCCAGUACAUCGUGUCACAAUUCAACAAAACUGCCCACGAGGACGACGUCGAGGAACUUUUCAGAAAAGUCAUGCAGCAAUUUGAAGAUAACGGUCCUGGUAACAGAAAGCAGAUGCCGACCAAAGACAGAUGCACGCUCACAAAACGCUUCUACUUUUUCCCGGGACUCAACGCUCUCUGAGACAAACAUGGUCAAAUAAUGUUUUGGAUUUUUUCCAUCGGCGCUGUUCAGGCGACUCCUGGACUCACGUUAAUAACUCUUUGGAUGGGAAACAUGGGAACAACGACCAAGAAAACUCCAAAGCAUUCUCUUUUCAACAAUUAAAACACCUUUUAAAAUAAACUCUCUCUUUCUACCUACUUUUUAAAAUCACUUCAUUUAUAUGAUCAUGUGUCAAUUCUUACAUUUUUAAAUAAAGGUAAAAUACAACUUUA